AAAAAAUUCACCAGAGAAAAUCCACCAAAAAAGUUCAGCGACAAGGAUCCAAGAAAGUGCAUCCAAAAAAUGCCAACGAAGUGCAAAAAAAAAAAAAAAAAACGAAAGAAAAAGAACAAAACAAGAAAGAAGAAGAAAGAAAACAGAAAAAAAUAAAAAAUAAAGUGAGAAAGAAAAAAAAAAAUAAAGCGAGAAAGAGGAAAAAAAUAAAGCGAAAAGAAAAAAACACCCGAAAGAAAAGAGAAACAAGAAAAAAGAUAGAAAAUGAGAAAAAAAAAAGACAAAAAGAAAGAUGCAAAAAAGAAGAAAAAGAAGAAUACAGAAAAGAAGAAAAGAAAUAA